ACAAGCAUCAUGUCGAGCCUAUAUAUUACGUAUGAUUGGAGGAUUGUUGAUGCCAGACAAAUCCAAUAACCGUGUACAUUUAAAAUAUCUUUCACUUUUGGGCGAUUUAAAUAAAGCAUCCCAGUAUAGUUGGGGUUCGGCAGUUUUAGCAACACUCUAUAGAGAACUAUGCCUUGCUACGAAACCCAACGUAAUGUCGAUGGGAGGAUGUGCGUUGUUGUUGCAAAACUGGGCAUGGUAUCGUUUGAGUUGUGUUGCUCCAGAUGCACCAAGUGCAUGGAUAUUUCCACUUGCACAAAGAUUUAAUUCCGGGGGUUUAAAUUUCACUAAAGUUCCUCACAACGAUAUAGAAGGAUACCGGAAUACAAUCGAUCAUAUGAUGGUUCAAGAAUUUCGUUGGAGACCGUAUCUCGGAUUCCAACACGAGGUACCCGAACAAGAGAUCAUCACUUGGGCUGCAUGUACCUAUCUGCACUGCUAUCAUAUCGUCGAAAAACAUCAUGCAGAUAGAGUUGCGCUUCAGUUCGGCUUUCAUCAACAAAUUCCGCAACCUCCAAAAGAUAUGACGCUCUACCAUGAGAUCAACAUGAGAAGUGGCAUUGAUGAUAAUUGGAGUGUGGUUUGGAAAGAUGAGAUUCAACAUUGGAAUGAACGUCAGAAUUACAUAUUGCAAGGUCAAUACGUCGAAAGUGUUUUACGCCACACUAACGAAUAUAUGAAUUGGUUCACGCAUCACACUAAAUUAUACAUAUCUGUGGAAAGAUACAUGCGCGAUCCACGUUUGCAACCUUCAACAUAUCCUGAUGUUCACUCUAUGCCUCAAUCAAUCCCACAAUAAAAUAUCAUGCACCAAACACCGUCUUUCUCAUCACCACAACAUUUUCAUGAAGCUGCAGAUAUACCGACUCAAUACUACGUUCCUUCAGUGCCAGUGCCAACAAUACCCUCUCCCAUUAAUCCGACCGAGAGCGGAAUUUUCUAUAAUUUGUUUGGUACUCAUUGCACAACUCCUGAGUCGGCUUUUGCGGCUUUUGAUUCUAUGUAUAAUGUCGAAACUCAAAAUUAUACGGAAGCAGGUGGUAGUGGUUCUAAUCCACAAACAGAUUACAACGAGGAUCAACCACAACAACCUCAAGUUGUUCAAAGGGCUAGACGAGUUCGACGACCGCGUAGAUGUGGAACUGGAGGUCAUUUAG